AUGACGCCCACGAGAACGAAAGAAGCUGACAACCAGCAGCGAUCCCAGCAGCAACACUCUCGUCUGCUCCAAACCUGGAGGAAGCUACUGCCCAGAAGUCCGAUCCUGCAAUACCAUGUACUCAAGCCCCCGACCACUACCGAAAGCAAAACAACUGACCAGAUAUCCAGGCUCUCGAGAUUCCUCCCACCACUCUACACCGGCGCGGCAGUUUGUUGGGAAUCGUCCAAGCACGCAGGAGACGCGGUCUGCGCUUUCAACGGCACGGGAUACUCGGUCGACGGCGAGAUCUCUCAUAUCCCCGAGACAACUCUCUGCGGCACCUGGGACUCACCCCUCUUCGCUCUCGGUAGAAGCUGCGACGAAGCAGGCAGUUUGCCGCGCAUGCAGAGUGGUAUCGACGCGGUACACGCGUCUGAGGCUCCCCACGUGAAGAGAGGUGUCAGUACCCUCGUCCCAUCUCAGGCGUCGCUUGGGGGAAGAGUCUGCUCCCUUCCGUAUAACCCAUGGAAUCUGGGCGACUGUGUCGACGGGGCGGCGGUGACAGGGGUGCCGGUGCUACAGGUCGUUAUUUCUGAUGGUGCGGAGCGUCAGCGUGUCUCUUCUGGAUAUGGGGUGACGAGUGCUUCUGCGAGUAGGACCAGCUCCAUUACUGUGGUGCCUUCGGCUGUGUCUGGUGCGAGUCCUGCGCCGAGUGGUUGGCCUGUGAGCUCGAGGGGUGCCACUGCGACGGGUGCUGUUAAUGUCGGGUUGGGGAGAAGUAUGGUGUGCGAUGGAGCGUGUUGGAGUAUGCUGCUGCUUGUUCUCCUGCGGGUUGUGGCUCAUGUUUUGUUGAUGCUUGGGGUCUAG